CAACACAACAACACAAACCUCUAUCUUCUUCCAUACCUUUUAACUUAGGUUAAACACAUACACACAUCAAUUCAAGAAAACACAACACAAAUCAGUUUCAUCCUUUAUUUAUUUUUAUCUUUUGUUUUUUCCGAUAGUGAAGGGCAGAUCCCUUUACACCCCCUUAAUAACCACCCCACCUUUCCCUCAUUCUCUUUCAAUACUUUCAUACCUCACUUCACAUAAUAAAUAAUAAUAAAGUUUUAUACUUUUUGUUCUGAUGCAUAGAUACAUGAAUUAAAGAAACAAUUUCAGAAAGUAGUCUGGGUUAGUAAGUGUAUUGCUGGGAACCGUUCCCAUCUUUUUAAUUUAUACAAAGUGUGCGAGACUCUAAUGAAUUCAGUAAGACUAAAGUACAAGAAUAGAAGAUGGGAUCUCUUGUUUCAACCAUGCAGAUAUUUGAUUGGUUUAAAUAAUCCUGAUAGAACCUGUUAUCGGUCGUUAAGCCGUUCCACUGUUGAAACAAACCGGUUGACUGGGAAUGCUGUUUUUAGAAGGCAUCUAUCAAAGUCUCCAACUUUUUCUGGCUCUAAUUCGACAAGGUUGCUAGCGGGUUCAUAUGCAAAUUCUAGUGGUUCUUUUCGGUUUUAUAGUUCAGAGGGUGAUGGAAGAAAUGCAAGUGGAGAUAAACAUGUGCCCUUGAAAGAUGCGUCCAAAACCGACGAGGGCAGUAUUGCUAAAGAAAGUAUAAAGGUGGAAGUGAAUCACCAUGAUGCACAUGCUCGUUUAGGAGAGCAAGAUCAGAAAGAAUGGCUUAUAAAUGAGAAAUUGGCAAUUGAAAGUAAAAGGAAAGAAUCACCUUUUUUAACCAAACGACAAAGAUUCAAAAAUGAGUUUGUAAGGAGAAUUAUUCCGUGGGAGAAACAAACGGUUUCAUGGGACACAUUUCCUUAUUAUAUACAUGAGCAAUCUAAGAAUCUUUUAGUGGAAUGUGCUGCUUCUCAUUUAAAAAACAAGAAGUUUACUACUGCAUAUGGUUCGAGGCUAGAUUCUUCAAGUGGGAGAAUAUUGCUUCAGAGUGUACCAGGCACCGAGCUUUAUCGAGAGAGAUUCGUUAGAGCACUUGCACAGGAUUUACAAGUUCCAUUAUUGAUUCUUGACAGCAAUGUUUUAGCUCCUUAUGAUUUUGGUGAAGAUAACUCAGAAAACGAGUCAGACGAUGAACAUGGAGAAUCAGGUGAAGAGGUUACUUCAGAAUCCGAAAUUGAAGACGAGGCAAGUAAUGAAGAAGAUUGGACUAGCAGUGGUGAGUCUAAAUCAGAUGAUGAGGACAUGGAGGCGCGGGCAACUGCAGCCUUAAAAAAGCUUGUUCCUGGGAACCUUGAAGAUUUUGCAAAGAACAUCGCCGUUGUUGGGGAGAUUUCCUCUGAAUCUUCAAAGGAGGAGGAGGCAGAGUCUUCUGAGGAAGCAAAGGAGCAAUUAAAGAAAGGGGAUCGUGUGAAGUAUGUUGGGAAAGAUGUUGUUGUCGAAGAAAAUGGCAGGAUUAAUUUGGGGUCGAUAGCAACAUCUGAUGGAACAACAACUGCAUAUACCGUUAUCUCACGCAGACCUUUAGCCACUGGUCAACGUGGAGAGAUUUAUGUGGUUGAUGGGGAAAGAGCUGCAGUUAUCUUGGACAGGGCGGAAGACAAGACGGAUGAUGUGAAAGACAAUGAGAAAGUUGAUGAAUCUGCAAACCCAUCAGUAUACUGGAUCUAUGUUAAGGAUAUUGAACGCGAUUUUGAUACUGAAGCUGAAGACUGGUAUAUUGCAAUGCAGGCAUUAUCUGAGGUGUUGCGUUCUGAGCAACCUCUUAUUGUAUAUUUCCCAGACUCAUCUUUGUGGUUGUCACGGGCUGUUUCUAAGUCAAACCGCAAAGAAUUUGUGAAUAGGCUUCAGGAAAUGUUUGAUCAGAUUUCAGGACCUGUUGUAUUGAUAUGUGGACAAAACAAAGUCGGUACUGGAUCGAAAGAAAAAGAGAAAUUUACUAUGAUUCUUCCAAAUCUCGGCCGCCUUGCUAAGUUGCCUCUCUCUUUGAAACGACUCACUGAGGGACUAAAGCCAACGAGAAGGUCAGAGGACGAUGAUAUUUACAAGAUAUUCACCAAUGUUAUGUCGCUGCAUCCUCCAAAGGAGGAAGAUCCCCUUAAAGUAUUCAAUAAACAAAUUGAUGAAGACAGACAGAUUGUUAUAUCACGAAGUAAUAUAAAUGAACUGCAUAAGGUUCUUGAAGAAAACGAGCUGUCUUGCGUGGAUCUGUUGCAUGUAAACACCGACGGGGUGAUACUGACAACAAAGAAAGCUGAGAAUGUUGUUGGGUGGGCUAAAAAUCAUUACUUAUCCAUUUGUGACCUUCCUUCCGUGAAGUCAGAUAGAUUGAAUUUGCCCCGUGAAAGCCUUGAAGUUGCAAUUUUGAGGCUAAGGGAGCAUGAAUCAAUCUCUAAGAAGCCUGCACAAAAUCUAAAGAAUCUUGCCAAGGAUGAGUACGAGAGCAACUUUAUUUCAUCGGUUGUCCCCCCCGGUGAAAUUGGUAUCAAAUUUGAUGACAUUGGGGCUCUUGAGGAUGUAAAGACAGCAUUACAUGAAUUAGCUAUUCUUCCAAUGAAGAGACCCGAGCUUUUCUCUCGUGGAAAUCUGUUGCGGCCUUGCAAAGGAAUAUUGCUUUUCGGGCCUCCUGGAACUGGGAAAACGCUUCUUGCAAAGGCCCUUGCAACUGAAGCAGGAGCCAACUUUAUCAGCAUAACAGGUUCCACACUUACAUCUAAGUGGUUUGGUGAUGCCGAAAAACUUACGAAGGCUCUCUUCUCAUUUGCCAGCAAGUUGGCCCCUGUAAUUGUUUUUGUUGAUGAGGUUGAUAGUUUACUUGGUGCCCGUGGAGGAGGCUUUGAGCAUGAGGCCACCAGAAGAAUGCGAAACGAGUUUAUGGCAGCGUGGGAUGGACUGAGAUCUAAAGAUAGUCAGCGGAUUCUCAUUCUUGGUGCCACAAAUCGACCGUUUGAUCUUGAUGAUGCCGUGAUCCGUCGGUUACCACGAAGAAUAUACGUGGACUUGCCGGAUGCUGACAAUAGAUUGAAGAUACUGAAAAUAUUUCUUGCUCAAGAGAACAUUGAACCUGAUUUUGAUGUACGAAGUCUUGCAAACGCAACAGAAGGAUAUUCCGGAAGUGAUUUAAAGAAUCUUUGUAUUGCUGCGGCAUAUAGACCUGUUCAAGAACUUCUAGAUCAAGAAAAGAAGGGAAGUAAACAUGAUACGGCUCCAGUACUAAGACCGCUCAAUUUGGAUGAUUUUAUUCAAUCUAAAGCCAAGGUGGGGCCAUCGGUGGCUUAUGAUGCCGCAAGCAUGAACGAACUUAGGAAAUGGAACGAGCAAUAUGGAGAAGGUGGAAGCAGGAGAAAAUCACCCUUUGGCUUCUGAUUCUACCAUCAGUCGCAGUUUUGUUCGUCACUUCUAUAGAUAGAAGAUAAUUAGCUAGUAACCUUAGCAGCUGAAAUCUUUGUACUUGUUAUUAAUGGGAGAGUUGUCCCUGGUCACGAUGUAAUGUAUUACGACCUGUACAAGAUUAUAGAUAGUGGCUGAUACAAACGUUCCUAGAUUUUUUGUCCCAUUUAUAUCUCAUAAGAGUUUACCUUGACUAGA